UUUCGCGAAGAUGAUCUAUUUCAACGGCAUAAUAAUAUCGCGAAGCUGCUUUACAUCCAUGCAUUGGGCACUCCUGCCCACUUGGGUCAAAUAGAAUGGUUGAAACUGGUCGCGACUCCGCGCUUUUUGGAUAAGCCUCUUGUGUAUCCUGAUAUCAUGAUAUUCUUAGAUCAGAACCCGGAAGUGUUGACAUUGGUCACGAACGCCUUGGAGGGUGAGUUUGGUUGUCCUCUUGGCGCCUCUCAAUCCCUGAUGCGCCUCAGGGGUAUGGACCACUUGAUCAUGUACGCUGUUGGCAGGAACUCGAUGUUACCUGAUCUUGCUAGCGAAACUGAGAAGCUUCUGGGACCUAGUAAUAUGUACAUACGUAAAAAGGCUGCUCUUCGUGCUCUGCGGGUCAUCAAGAAGGUACCCGUUAUCGCAGACCAUCACAAGCAAAGCCAAGAAGCUCUUCACUGA